AUGGACCAGUUCCAUAACGGCCACCACGUGCGGCUGCGCAGCCGCGUGCACGGCAUGUACCUGCACGCCGACGAGGACGGCCGUGGCGUCUCCCUCGGCCACCGCCGGGAUUCGGUGAACGUGGCGUGGGCGGUUCACGUGUACAACGUCCAGGCGCAUUACGUACUCCUCCAGAGCGCCGCCUACGGCCGCUACCUCGCCGCCACGGUCGCGCCGGCGCCCCGCGGCCACCGCGGGCUCCGCGUCGUUCAGCGCAACCACUACCAUCCGGAGGUGGGGGAGAUGGCCUGGGAAGCCUACAGGACCGGGUUCGGGGACGAAGUCCUACUCCGCCACGCCGCCGGCGGCCGCUACCUCUGCGCCAACGGGAAGUACCUCCCCUGGAACAAUGGCGUCAGCGUCGACGGCAUCGACAGCGUCAGCACGAUGAUGCACUGGGUCGUGGAGCACAUCCCUGCCGGGGAGAACAUCCCUCGCCUUCCACGUCAGACUGGGCUGCCCCUCCCUGAAAGCCUGAUCAGACUGUUGCCCUCGCGGGUGAUCCUGUGCGCGCGGGCUGCCGCCGACGGGACCCGCUUCAGUCUUCCGUUCGUGUUCUGGGGGAGGUCCGUAUUCCGUCUGAGGAACGAGGUGGCCAGGCGGCUGGCUGCCGUCGUGGACGUCCCCAACCUCGUCAUGUGCUUCCCCACGCGUGAUGGUCGGCUUUUUCCGCUCCUCGUCGACCUCCUGCCCACCAGCGGCCCGCUCUUCCACAUCGUCGUCGUCACGGCCGGGACGCCAGUGUUCGAAACUACUGUCCUAGUCUGA